GCGCUGGCUGAGAGAGGAGAGGGAAAAGAGGGAAAAGGGAAAGAACGAUCCUCGAAUUGACUCAAAUACCGUUCAGCCAUUUACGAAGCAUCGGCAGAAGCUCCAAACAUCAGCGGCUCGUCUCGGCGAACGUGUAAAAAAUAGGGGCGCGAGGGGUUUGAACUAACCAGCAUACCGUAUGUUAGCCUAGCCUUAUUAAACGCUUACCGUAAACAGCGCUGCUGGCGUCCGGCGGCUGCGCUGAACAGGCGCGACCAGAAGCGCCGAGGCGUCAGUCAGCCUGGCCGGGCUUCACCGUGGCUCUGCGGCUAACCUGGCUCGCUCGGCGGAGCUCCAGCACAGAGGCUCGGCAUGGAGGGCUGCUGCCGCGCUUGUAUGCCAUGUCUGAAGAGCCUGUGGGACAGGAUAUGGCCGGAGCUCCACUAUCCGAGCCCGACCGUGGCCGAAAUCCCCACCGUUUCAGGUGACCUGCGGAUCCCCGCGCCCAGGAAGAAGCCCUCGCAGCUCUACGCCGCGCUCUUCGACUUCGAAGCCCGCAGCGAGGAGGAGCUGUCGGUCAGAGAGGGCGACAAGCUGUCCGUCAUCGAGAAGAGAGGAGACUACGUGCUGGCCAAGAAGCUGACGGGCACCCUGGAGUCCGGCCUGGUUCCGGCUAACUACGUGGCGCUGGUACAGGACGAGUUCGCCAAAUACAAAUGGUACUAUGGGAACAUAAACAGACAGAAAGCUGAGAAGCUGCUCUUGGCUCCCCAGAAUAAAACAGGUUCUUUCCUGGUACGAAUCAGCGAGAGUCACAGUGAUGAAUACACCAUUUCAGCCAGGAGUGAAACAAAAGUCUUCCAUUUCCGUAUCCAUCGCUCUACAAUCGGUGCUUACUUUGUGUCUGAUAAGAUCUCUUUUGCCACUCUGGAUGAGCUUAUCAGAUACUACCAGAACAACCCCAGGAGCCUGGGAUGCCCUCUGGAUCAGCCGUGCGUACAGCAGAGGGAGUUGUUUGACAUGGAGCCAUGGGAGAGACCGAGAGAAGAGUUCCAGCUGAGCAGGAAGCUGGGCGAAGGGCACUUUGGUGAAGUCUGGGAAGCUCUAUGGACCACCAAGAAACAGAGAGUGGCAAUUAAAAUGCUGAAACAAGAGGACACCAAGUUGGAUGAAUUUGUGAAGGAGGUCCAUGCUCUGAAGAACCUGCACCAUCCUAAGCUCAUUCAGCUGCUUGCACUGUGCACACGAGGAGAACCUGUCUACAUCAUCACGGAACUCAUGACCAAAGGCAGCCUCAAGUCCUACCUCGCCACUCCAGAGGGUCAGGUUUUGACCUCAGCUCAUCUCAUAUACAUGGCCUGUCAGGUAGCAGAGGGCAUGGCCUACUUGGAAGACCGACACAUUGUUCAUCGAGACCUGGCUGCUCGAAACAUCCUUGUUGGAAGUGAACUGGAGUGUAAAGUGGCUGAUUUUGGCCUGGCUCGCAUCAUAAAGGACAGCGUGUACACGGCCAGUAAGAACACUAAGAUCCCAGUGCGAUGGACAGCUCCAGAGGCAGCUCUACACCAGCGCUUCUCUGUUAAAUCUGACGUUUGGUCCUUCGGAGUGCUGCUUUACGAGAUGAUGUCAAGGGGCAAGAUGCCCUAUGAAGGAAAGACCAACAAGGAGGUGUUAGAGAUUUUAGCAUCAGGGUACAGGUUGCCAAGUCCAAGCCGCUGUCCUCCCAAUAUCUACCGCAUGAUGCUGGAGUGCUGGACUCCAGAGAGCUCCAAACGGCCCUCCUUCCACGCCCUGCACAGCCAGCUAGAUAAAAUCUACUCCAGGAUCUACUACAAGACCAUUGAGGUGUAGAACCAGAGCCAUACCAGUCCUCCAAGUCCGCAGAAGAGAUUGGAAAUGGAGGAAUGCACAACAGGAGGUGCAACAGACUUCAGAAGUGCUAAAGGUACUGACGUUACUAAAGGUAACUGAGAUGUCAAUUUUGUGGUCCCUUCUAGCCAAAACUAUUUUUAUCCCUCUGUAUUUGCACAUGAUGUUUUUGUAAAUUGUACUGUAUUACAUGGUGUGCAAUAAUGACUCUUCCUGUGAGAGAGAUUAAAGAGAAGAAGUGGCACAGAAAAGCAGAAACAAGAGCUUCGUUAUACAGUGCCAUGUUCUCCUCCCUGAGCAACAGCUGUGCCCUGCUCGGUUGUUGGUGACGGCACUGUGGAUUUUUGUACUGCGUUCUAUAAGCAGGAGGAUCUAGUACCUACUUUCAGUUGAGUGUUUUACCAAUGAUUCACCUGCCAACUGUGGACUUCAUCUCGCUGAACGAAGGAGCCAACAAAGGCACAUUUAAGACUGUUACACUGAAUGGGGCAUUUCUGGAGAUUCAUUUAGGAUCUGUUGAGUCUCUGCUGCAAAAAAAGAGAAAAAGACUUGCUUGCAAAUUUUUCAGAUAUGCACUCUAAGCACUUAUACUGUGUUUGAAAAGCGAGAGCCAUAAGAAUUCUCCUGUGCUUCAUUUGGAUGCCUCGUGAUUUUCAUGUUUCACAGAAAUCAUUUCUGUGAUCCCGUCUUCCGAUUGGUUACAGGAGGGGGAUGAAUGCAUUAUGCACCAUGACAGAUAUUUUAAAAAAUAAAAUAUUUUUUGAACGUA